AACUCAAAUGGAUGAAACAGAAAUGAAGAUAGAAGAAAUAUUAGCUUUAAGUAGAGAAAUCCAUAAAGAUGCGAUACCUUCGGAUAAUAUCCAAACUCAAUACAUAGUUAUAAAUAUGUUUAAGCAGCAAAAUGAACCUGAGGAUACUAAUCCGAGGGCACACGACGGUAAAGUCUUGCCUGCAUACCGGCCUGGUACUCUCACUGUGUUCAUACAGUGUAUAAUGCUGAUGACUUUCACUAUGUUUAUGUUCACGGGGAUAUUGGUCGGAUAUAUUAUGAUAACGCCAGAUGUAAAACAAUUCAUCGCUAAGGAGGUGGUGUCAUUGAGUGUUAUUAUAGCCACAGUAAGUGCUUUAUGCGACUCAUCAGUGUUACUGUGCACUAUUUUGGCUGUUGCAGUUACUGUGUUAAUUGCUGUUUUUCUUACAUUCACAAAGACUGACUUCUCAAGUCCUUUUAUGUAUGCUGUGAUGCUGGUGACGGCGUUUUUUGCAGUAAUUCUGAUUGCUGUUGUAUUGAUAGCAACUAAGACCUACGUGAAUCCUUUGUGGCUGCUUGGAGUCAUUAUUGCCACUUUUAUACAAGUUACGAUGUUAACAAUGCAGUUGCAAACUAUACUCGGUGGUAGAACGAUCGAGCUGAAGGAAGACGACUACACCAUCGCAUCGUUUAUGCUUUACGCGUCCGUCAUCGAUGUGUUCCUUAAAAUGCUGCAAAUUGCUGACGUGACCAGAGAUGCACGGUGACACUUAGACAGCCCACUGUUGGGCGUAAGCCACUCUUCAAAUAGCUGGAGUGAAUAAAAUCUACCUAUGACAUUCUAUUACUGUACAUGGGGAAAUUUAUAAAGAAGCGCCGCCACAGAGAACGAACUUCUGCUUGUCACCCGCUG